AUGCGGGCGUCACUGCUCCUUCUCGCUCCCCUCGUGGGAGCUUCCGUCCUGAGACCGCGCUCCGAUACCGCCGCGUGCCCUGGAUACAAAGCCUUGAACGUCAAAGAGGGAGGCGCGUCCUUGACUGCUGAUCUGGUCUUGAAUGGUCCCCCCUGCAAUGUGUACGGCGAGGAUCUUCAGGACCUGAAGCUUCUCGUCGAGUACCAGACUAGUGAUCGCCUCCAUGUCAUGAUCUACGAUUCCGACGAGGAGGUCUAUCAGGUCCCGGAGUCCGUUCUCCCGCGUCCUCACCCCAAUGGUAAUCGCUAUAAAGACCACAACUUGCGUUUUGACUAUCAGCCCGAUCCGUUUAGCCUGCGCGUCCUGCGCGAUGUCGACGGCAACGAGGAAGUGCUCUUCGACACCACCGACACCGACAUUAUCUUCGAAUCUCAGUACCUGAAGCUGCGCACCUGGCUCCCUGCGAACCCGAACCUGUAUGGUCUGGGCGAGCACAGCGAUCCCCUGCGUCUACCCACGACAAACUACACACGCACCCUGUGGAACCGUGACGCCUAUAGUAUCCCGUCGGAGACCAAUCUGUACGGUGACCACCCGGUCUACGUGGACCACCGUGGUGACGCUGGUACCCACGGUGUCUUCUUCGUUAACUCUAACGGCAUGGAUAUCAAGAUUGACAAGACCUACGACGGCCGUCAGUUCCUCGAGUACAACACCAUCGGCGGUGUCCUGGAUCUGUACUUCAUGGCUGGCCCGACUCCUAAGGAGGUCAGCAAGCAGUACGCAGAAGUUGUCGGCCUCCCUGCUAUGCAGAGCUACUGGACCUUUGGUUUUCAACAAUGCCGAUACGGAUACCGCGAUAUCUACGCCGUUGCCGAAGUUGUCUACAACUACAGCCAAGCCGGAAUUCCUUUAGAAACUAUGUGGACUGACAUUGACUACAUGGACCGCCGACGCGUCUUCACCCUGGAUCCUCUGCGCUUCCCCUUGGACAAGGUGCGCGAGCUGGUUCGUUACCUGCACAGUCACGACCAAAAGUACAUUAUGAUGGUUGAUCCCGCCGUCAGCCUUAGUGACAACGGUGCUUUCAACCGCGGCAACGAGAUGGACAUUUUCCUGCGCGAGAAUGAGACCACCCUCUACAAAGGUGUCGUAUGGCCUGGUGUGACCGUCUUCCCCGACUGGUUCCACCCCGACAUUCAGACGUAUUGGAACGGCGAGUUCGCCCGCUUCUUCAACCCCGACAAUGGUGUCGACAUCGACGGUCUAUGGAUCGACAUGAACGAGGCCGCCAACUUUUGUCCCUACCCUUGCAAUAACCCAGCCAUCUGGGCCGCGAAGAACGGGAUGCCCCCGACACCUCCGCCAGUUCGCGAGCCGCCGCGUCCUCUUCCUGGCUUCCCUGAAGACUUCCAGCCUGACUCGACGUCUUCUAAGAGAUGGUAUGGCAAACAGCGCCGUAGCACAGGCCAGAAGCUUGGAUUGCCCGACCGCGCGCUAAUUUCGCCUCCGUACCGUAUCCACAACGCUGCUGGAUCUCUUAGCAUGAACACUAUUGAGACGGAUAUCAAGCAUGCUGGCGAGGGUUACAUGGAGUAUGAUACUCACAACCUCUACGGUACCAUGAUGAGUUCCACAUCCCGCGAGGCCAUGCUCUCGCGUCGACCGGAGGUGCGCCCCUUUGUUAUCACACGUAGCACGUUCGCCGGUGCAGGUGCCCAUGUCGGACACUGGCUCGGAGACAAUCUGAGCGAGUGGGGCAAGUACCGUGUCUCGAUUGCCCAGAUGCUUGCCUUUGCAUCGAUGUUCCAGGUCCCCAUGGUGGGCUCCGACGUGUGUGGAUUCGGCGGCGACACAAACGAGGAGCUCUGUGCACGUUGGGCCAUGCUGGGUGCAUUCCAGCCCUUCUACCGUAACCACAACGAACUAGGGUACAGACCCCAGGAAUUCUACCGCUGGCCUAGCGUCGCCGCGGCCGCCCGCAAGGUCAUCAACAUCCGCUACCGUCUGCUGGACUACCUGUACACCGCGUUCUACCGGCAGUCGCAGACGGGUGAGCCCUUCCUGCAGCCCAUGUUCUACGUCUACCCCAACGACCCCAACACCUUCAGCAAGGAUCUCCAGUUCUUCUACGGCGACGCGCUGCUCAUCUCCCCGGUGCAGGACAAGGGUCAAACCUCGGUCGACGCCUACUUCCCCGACGACCUCUUCUACGACUGGUACACGGGCAAGGCCGUGCACGGCCACGGCGCUAACAUGACCCUGACCAACAUCGGGAUCACCGAGAUCCCCAUCCACAUCCGCGGUGGCAGCGUGAUCCCGCUCCGCUCGGAAGGCGCGAUGACCACGACCGAGCUGCGGCAGCGGGGCUUCGAGAUUCUGAUCGCGCCGGACAUGAACGGGUACGCGGCGGGCGAGCUGUACCUGGACGACGGCGAGUCGCUCCACCCGGCCAGCACGUCGAUGAUCGAGUUCGAGUAUUGCGACGGCAAGUUGCACGUCCGCGGCAAGUUCGGCUACCACGCGGACGUGACCAUUGAGUCGGUCACCCUGCUGGGACAGAAGGGAGCUACCGCCCACCGGGACGGUCAGACGAAGCAGGUAGAUGUUGAGUUGACUGGUCCUGUGGUGAUCAAUCUGUAG